AGCUAUGGGAAAUCAACCAAAAGGUACAACUUACUGGCCUUGCCAAAGAAUCACCUAACAGAUUUUAAUAGAUUCAUCAAAAUCCAGAACUCGGUUAUCAGGAGAAGCUAGCCCACGACAACAUCACCUUGAUGCUCGAGGACUUAGGCUUCAAAGUCACCAAGCACGCAUUUGGUCUUGAUACAUCGUUCGUUGCGGAGUACGGCGAGGGGGGCCGAGUAGUAGCUUUCAACGCGGAAUGCUCUUCCCGAGAUCGGGCAUGCCUGUGGGCACAAUCUCAUUGCUAUGAUGUCUAUCAGCGCUUUCCUCGGAGUUGCCAGAGCUCUUGAGCAGCAAAAGAUCCCUGGGCGUGUUCGCCUCAUUGGAACACCUGCCGAAGAGGGCCUUGGAGGCAAGAUUCCAAUCAUUGAAGCCGGAGCUUAUACGGAUGUUGACGCUUGCAUGAUGGUGCACCCCGGUCCGUUCACUGAAUGCCCGGGCUUCACAGGAGACGCAUACAUGCCUACCCUUGCAAGCCUGAAGAUAAGUGUUCGCUUCACCGGAAAAACCGCACAUGCCGCCAUGGCACCCUGGGAAGGGGUGAAUGCACUCGAUGCAGCUGUCUUAUCUUAUAACAGCAUAGGAGUACUACGUCAGCAAAUUCAUCCCUGUAAUCGCGUGCACUGUAUCAUUUCCGAUGGCGGGCUGCGGCCAAACAUCAUUCCCGGCUCCUCGGCACUGGAUUGCUACAUCCGGUCUCCCAACCUAGCAAUGGCCGAAGAGCUUUUUGUAAGAGUGAAGAAUUGCUUCGAUGGAGCAGCUUUGCAAGCUGGUUGUACCCUGGAAAUUAUAAGACACAACGCCUACGCUGAUUUGCGACCCAACAAAGCCAUGGCAACAGCAUAUGCGCAAGCGAUGUCUCAGAUGGGAAAGGUUGUCCGGUGCGAUCUCAACUCAUCUGGAGUCCCUGGCUCAACCGACCAAGGAAACGUAACUUACGAGUGUCCGGGCAUUCAAGCAUAUGUUGGUCUCCCUGCCGAGCCUGGAGCAAAUAACCACACACCUGGGUUUACGGCAGUAGCUGGCACCAAGGAGUCUCAUGAUCUCAGCAUUCAUGCAUCAAAAGGGAUGGCUAUCGCUGGUUUGAGUAUCUUGAAGCGAGAUGAACUUGCGGAAAAAGUGAGAUUGGACUUUGAGGAAGACAAGAAAAGGCGCUGUUUGCCCUCCACGACCAGGACAUUUGAUCGAAAUGCAGGAUUUUGCUAGCUGGAUAUUGAGAAACAACCAUACCUGUCCCUUGCUAUGUUCAAAUCUUAGAGAAGCACUGCUUCAGGUUGGCCCGCU